AGACGACUUUCUAUUUUCUAUUUUUAGGACCCAUCAGAACGGUAUGCAGAGUACCUUUAUCAUCUCAUGGAAGACGACUUUCGAAUAGAGGAUAUAGUUGCUGCUUUGGCUUGGCAGGAUGGUUCGGAUCUGAGUGAUAUCAAGAAAAUGUAUCAUGCUAAGUUUAACUCCGACCUACAGUUAGACCUGGAGAAUAUUGGUGGCAGGAGAAACCUCCCUGUUCUACGUGUGCUUUGUGCUGAGGGUCGAGAUGAAGGAGUUCAACAAGGAUUAAGUUAUAAAGGUUUAGUCCAACAAAACGCAACCUGGCUGACACAAGCUAUUAAGGGGAAGGAUAAAGAUGAGUUUAAGGUUCGUCUUAACAAUAUCCUGAGCCAGAGAAGCUGGGACAUCCUUCCUGAUAUCCUAGAGGAGUUCGAACAACAGAACGGGAAGGAUUUGGCUCAUUAUAUGAAGAAAAUGAUCGGAUCUAAAGUGGCUGGAGCUUUUCAUCCUCUUUUUUUUGUUCUUGAUGAACCGUCAGCGUUCUUUGCUGAAGAACUAUUUGCUGCAGUGGAAGGAUUAGUAACUAAGGAUUCUAAACUUCAAUUUAUCUUCUCCAGUAGGGCAGAGAUAGAUUUGUUGAGUAUUGACAGUGUUUUCAAGAAGAUGUUUGAUAAACGACUGAGUAAAGUAGUUAAAGAAGAAACUAGCGGAAACUACAAGAAACUACUACUCGCUAUUCUUGGUACAUAAAAGUGGGUUUCAUAUUUGGACCCACUUUAUUGUCCCGGCCCGCCACUUUAUUGUCCCGGCCCGCCACUUUAUUGUCCCGGCCCGCCACUUUAUUGUCCUGGCGCGCCACUUUAUUAUCCCGGUCUGCCACUUUAUUGUCCCACUCCCAACUGGCCACAUUAUUAUACAAUCUUGUGAGGGUUUGAUGUUAAUAUGAUAAGAGAAAGAGAUCUACACUGCACAGUUGCUAUGUUUCAUAUGUUCCUUGGACUAUUUAUAAUCAUAACUUGAGCCUUACAGUCGUCUACCCCUUCCACAGUUUUAUAGGUCACACUCUAUAUUCUAAGUUGGCUUAAACAAAAAAAUGUGUACCGUGUACACUUUUUCUGAGAGGAUUAAUAACUAUAGUUGUUAAACAUUAACGUACAAUAAUUGACAAUUUCGAAAGAUAUGAUUAAUAUUUAAUUUUUCUUAAAAUUUUAGUCUUUAUUUCACAUUUCGUAAAUUUCUUGAAAUUAUUUCUUUUUGAUAACGAAGGUAUAUUCUGCUGGAUAGUGGUACACAUCAAAAAAAAGAUAAAAGUAUGUUUAACGCUAGACUGAAAUAAAAUAUUGAAUCCAUGACCUCAAAACCAUUGUCUCUCUAAACAAGAAACUGCCUAAUUUUGUUUAUAUGGUAGGCGAGUACAAGUAAUAAACAUUUUUGACUUUGUUAAUGAUUUAAUAAUAAACAAUAAUGUAUAAAAAGGAUUUUGUUGAUUAUUGCAGUCUGUGAUUGCAAAAUAUUAUUGUAUUAAAGAUAAUUUGAAACAUAGGUGUGCCAAUCAUAAAAAAUAUUUAAAUGUCAAAAAAAAAAAAUUCAAUCAUUCGUUCUUGGUCAUAUUAUAAUUAUGAUGUAUGGACAAAA